AUGGAUGUAGCUGAUAUAAAUAUAGGACAGAGGCAGCAUAGAGAUGAGAUAGGAAUACGCUGUCAGAAACUUUUUCAGGACUUCUUGGACGAGUACAGAGAAGAUGGGGAGCUCAAGUAUCUAGAGCCAGCCCAAGAACUCCAAAAUGAAGAACGCAGCACUAUUGAAAUAAGUUUCGAUGAUGUAGAAAAGUACAACCAACAUCUUGCUACAACAAUCAUUGAAGAGUAUUACAGAAUAUAUCCUCACCUCUGCCAAGCAGUCGCUAACUAUGUUAAAGAUAGGGCCGGUCUCAAGAAGGAGAAAGAAUGUUUCAUAAGCUUUGUUGAUGUUCCUACCAGGCAUGUUGUUAGAGAACUCAAAACUGAUAAAAUUGGUACUCUCGUCAGAAUAUCUGGACAAGUUAUUCGCACUCAUCCAGUACAUCCUGAGCUGAUUUUAGGAACCUUCACAUGUUUAGAUUGUCAGACUGUCAUAAAAAAUGUAGAACAACAGUUCAAGUUCACGAAUCCAACAAUUUGUAGAAAUCCAGUUUGUAAUAACAGAAGAAGAUUUAUGUUGAAUGUUGAUAAAUCUACAUUCGUAGAUUUUCAAAAAGUAAGGAUACAGGAAACACAAGCUGAACUUCCUAGAGGUUGCGUGCCUCGAAGUGUAGAGAUUAUAUUAAGAGCUGAAAAUGUUGAACUAGUACAACCUGGGGACCGUUAUGAUUUCACAGGUACUUUAAUUGUGGUUCCGGAUGUGGGAGCAUUGGCUUUACCAGGUGGCAAGACCCAAAUUACUUCAAGACACCAACGUGGUGAUGAUGCUGAAGGUGUAAGAGGACUGAAGGCUCUCGGAGUUCGUGAUCUCCAUUACCGUAUGGCAUUUUUAGCAUGUAGUGUCCAGCCUACUAAUCCAAAGUUUGGAGGAAUAGAAAUUCCUGUAGGAGAAAUCACCCCAGAAAUAAUGAAACAACAAAUGACAGAUGGAGAAUGGAAGCACAUGUAUGAAAUGUCUCACGAUAAAAAUUUAUAUCAAAACAUGAUAAACAGUCUUUUCCCAAGCAUCCAUGGUAAUGAUGAGGUUAAAAAGGGUAUACUACUCAUGCAGUUUGGAGGAGUGUCCAAAACUACAGUUGAGGGAACUUCUCUAAGAGGAGACAUUAAUUGUUGCAUAGUAGGUGAUCCAAGUACAGCCAAAAGUCAGUUUUUGAAGCAAGUUUCAGAAUUCUCACCGAGAGCAGUGUACACAUCAGGCAAAGCCUCUUCUGCAGCUGGUCUUACUGCAGCUGUAGUUAAAGAUGAAGAAUCCUCAGACUUUGUUAUUGAAGCUGGAGCCCUCAUGUUGGCUGACAAUGGAGUAUGCUGCAUUGAUGAAUUUGACAAGAUGGAUCAAAGAGACCAAGUCGCUAUUCAUGAAGCCAUGGAACAACAGACAAUUUCAAUAGCAAAAGCAGGUGUCAGAGCUACAUUGAAUGCAAGAACAUCAAUUCUUGCUGCUGCAAAUCCUAUUGGAGGUCGGUAUGACCGUGCUAAAUCUUUACAGCAAAACAUUCAGCUAUCUGCCCCUAUAAUGUCCAGAUUUGAUUUGUUUUUUAUUCUUGUGGAUGAAUGCAAUGAAGUAAUAGACUACGCUAUAGCAAGAAAAAUAGUUGACUUGCACUGUAAUAUUGAGGAAAGUGUAGAAAGAGUUUACACAAAACAAGAAGUACUUCAGUACAUCAGUUUUGCAAGAAAAUUCAAACCAGUUAUCAACAAAGAGGCACGAGAUCUGCUGAUACUCUACUACAAUAGGCUUCGGUUACGUGACAGUACCACUACUGGUAAGUCAACAUGGCGUAUUACGGUGAGGCAGUUGGAAAGCAUGAUUCGACUCUCAGAAGCUAUGGCAAGGAUGGAUAUUUCUGACGAAGUUCAAACAAAACAUGUCCGUGAAGCCUUCCGGUUGCUCAACAAAUCUAUCAUUAGAGUAGAACAACCUGAUAUUCAGCUUGGAGAUGAUCAACAAGAAGUGACUGAAGAUGACAAUAUGGAGGUUGAUUCAACACCCGAACCUUCACAAACUGUUACCAAAAAGAAAAUGGUGCUCAGUUUUGAAGAAUACAAAGCUCUUAGUAAUAUGAUUGUAGUACAUAUGAGGAGAGAAGAAACUCGAAUGGAAGCAGAAGGUAAAGAGGGGAUUCAUAGAAGUGAUGUUGUGGAAUGGUAUCUUAAUCAAAUAGCUGAUCAAAUUGAAACAGAGGAGGAACUGGUGGAAAAGAAAGAUAUGUUUGAAAAGGUUCUCGAUCGUCUAAUAUACCAUGAUCAGAUCAUCAUCCCACUGACCAGAAGUGGUCUCAAAGGCUCAGAUCAAGAGGAAGAAACUGAAGAUGCACUACUAGUUGUGCAUCCAAACUAUGUGGUGGAUCAAUAGAAAUGGUUUAGUUAUAAAUAAUAAUUUGUAUUUAUUUCAAGUUUGUGAAUUUCCAAAUAAAACUUUUUUUU